AUGAAUCAAAGCCCGUUUGAUCACCCACGUAGUUGUCACGGAAAAGAAGUCGGGUCGGCCUCUGAUACAGCGGCCCGCUCGGCAUGCACUCGGUGCCGGGGGGCCGCUACCCAUGGGUUUGCCGUUGGCGAAACCGUCUAUGCUCCUAAACGAAGUGAAGGCAAACCUUUACGCUAUGCAUUGGCUGAGGUCACAGGGAUUCAAGCAACCGCCAGAACAGUAACAGUUAGCUUCCUGGGCACCGAACCUGGGGUCGACGACGAAGCGGUUCCGUUUUACACAGUGGUGCCGUCCCCGGGUGAGGUGAUUCCAACAGUUGACAACACAAACGGCGGCGCGUAUUUUUCCCCUUUUAGAAGGGUUGGGAAAAGUGGUGCAGGUGCGGGAUCUACGUUAAACCCGCCUCGGGGUAAAGGUGGUAAAACGCGAGUGGACCCUGCGAAAAAUAGCAACGACAAUGAACUUAGCGGCGUAGAGGUAUGCAGGCGCAACGCUGAGGCGCCGGAAAGAGGAAUACCCACACUCUGCCAACUCGCCGAAGCGUUCCCCAGUGACGUGCAACAAAGGAACGGCUGGCGUGUGCUUUGUGUUCCUCACCACCACGACGAGAGCUUCAACGCAUUCUCCGCACGUGCAUUUGGUGCCGCCUGCCUUACAAUGAAUGGGUGCUUGAAGAGCGCUCCCCGCACCACGGGAGGGUGGGUAGUGCUUUCUGUGUUCACGACGUACGACAGCCUGCAUCACUUCGAUGUUUAUAUGACUCUUCGUGGAUACCGAGUGUGCCUCGCUGAUGGAACCGUACACCCCACAGGUUUCCGCGGUGGGCCAGCGGUUAGCAGCAUACAAUAUGAUGAACGGGAAACGUUGUGGCUUUGUAUUCUCGCCGACGACAUAGCAAAUGAAGGGUCUGCCUCAGCCUUGGUUGGGGAGUGGCUCCCGUGUGGGGUGCAGCGGCAACAUCCUAACGCAGGCAAAUGUGGUGACAAUUUAAUAAAGGUCGGUGUUGUCCAGUUCGUCGAGGAGUGGAAAAAGGAAAAGGUUGAAAGUGAGCCUUGGAUGGAAUCGGAUGACGUUGAACGCGCCAUAAGGAAGCUUCUUGCUGCUGUAGGCGCUGACGCUCACACGCUCAUAAAGUGUCAUCUGCCCGACCACGUGGGUGAAGACGAGCUUGUGAUAAGUUCUCUUAUGUCUGAUGGUUCGACCGUAAUCGGUUCAAAGUGGUGGAAACAAAGUAGGAGCUCAUCAACGGUCCGGCAGCGCACGAGACCGACAUUCGAGCUCUGUCUGCCGGCAACGUCGUGGCAGAUUGACCUACUCAGAGCGCUUGAACCCAGAGGUGGUUUGAUAAAACAGGAAGACACUGAUUUUCCACCGCCCUCCGCGUCAAAUGCCGCGGACAACGAAUAUGCGCGUGGUCGCGUCUCUUCACCCACGCCUCUGCAAGCAAUAGCUAACGGGGACGUUUUCAACACAGCGUUGUCCAGGGCGGUUGCGUGUGGCGAAGGUGCUGGGCUGCUAAGAGACCUACAGCGGCGGGUCGUGUGCAAUGCAGGGUUCCUAGGUGAGGAGGUCUCGCCUCUAUUUUGCGCGAUACAUGCUGUUCUCCAGGAUGUGUUACCGCAGCCGGAAAGCGGUACAGCAGUGCAGUGGAAACGAGUUGUGAUUUGCCUCCCAGGUGUCAGCAACCGAGCAAGCGCGUCCGUUGCUUACCGACAUGCCAUACAACGAUUCCUCUACCCAUGGAGGCUGCACUUCCUAGCGACAGACGAGUGGCAGCGUACAAGUGACUCGGCGACGAUGGAGAGCCUCUCGUGGCUACAAAUGGGUGGCGUAAUGCUUCUCAGUAUGGAAGAGCCGCUCUGUCAGCUCAGCUCCCUCAAAGAAGAAGCUGACAUCGUGAUUGAGUGUGGAAAGUGCUCGGCCACACCCCGGACCCCCAGGGACGGAGUGACACACAUCGUGCUCUUUUCGGAAGUUGAGAUUCCCGGAGGUCCCACACCUUUACUUUCCUCAUGGCGGCCGGCCAACAAGGCAAUAGACCGAGCUCUUGAACAAGCUGUUGUGCGGCGAACAAUGUCCCACACACAGCCCUCAGUGGGCACACACAUCUUUAUGAAAGCGGCGGCACUGAUUGAAGAGCUUGAUGGAAAGGAGAAUCAUCAAACAGAAAGGCGAAUGCUUUCGCGUAAACGACAAACUGUGGAGGAUGAGGCUUGGGUACAUUUGAGGAAGUUUGCUGUGCAUUUGUUGGUUUGUUCCUGUCACUUCCAGGAAACAAGGUAG